GUCAGGUUGCGUGACUAGUGGGCUCCGCGAAGUCCAGGUCGCUUCGGCAGCGGUGGGCGGGGUGGGCGGACCACGGCGGGGGCUGCAGGGGUUGAGUGAGUGCGGUGCGUGAUGGGGGAGGCGGCCGUGGCCGCGGAGCCUUGCCCGCUGCGCGAGGAUAGCUUCACGCGCUUCUCGUCGCAAAGCAACGUGUACGGGCUGGCGGGUGGCGCGGGCGGGCGCGGAGAGCUGCUGGCCGCCACCCUUAAAGGCAAGGUUCUGGGCUUCCGCUACCAAGACCUCCGACAGAAAAUCCGGCCGGUGGCCAAGGAGCUGCAGUUCAAUUACAUACCCGUGGAUGCCGAGAUUGUCUCCAUCGACACCUUCAACAAGUCGCCCCCAAAGCAGGGCCUGGUCGUGGGGAUCACGUUUAUCAAGGAUUCAGGGGACAAAGGCAGCCCCUUCCUUAACAUUUACUGUGACUACGAGCCUGGCUCUGAGUACAACCUGGACUCCAUUGCCCAGAGCUGCCUGAACCUGGAGCUCCGCUUCACCCCUUUCCAGCUGUGCCAUGCAGAGGUCCAGGUCGGGGAUCAACUGGAGACCGUGUUUCUCCUGAGUGGGAACGACCCAGCCAUUCAUCUCUACAAGGAGAACGAGGGGCUCCAUCAGUUCGAGGAACAGCCUGUGGAAAACCUCUUCCCAGAGCUCACAGACCUGACCAGCAGCGUCCUCUGGCUUGACGUCCACAACCUCCCGGGCACGUCCCGGCGACUCUCCGCGCUCGGCUGUCAGAGUGGUUAUGUCCGCGUGGCCCACGUGGACCAGCAGAGCCGAGAGGUGUUGCAGACCUGGACAGUCCUGCAGGAUGGCCCCAUCUCCCGAGUGAUCGUGUUCAGACUCUCGGCCCCCACGGAGACCCAGGACGGGCCGCCGCGGGAGGAGUACAGCGUGCUCGUGGCCAGCAUGCUGGAGCCGGCCGUGGUGUACCGGGACCUGCUGACCCGGGGCCUUGAGGACCAGCUUCUCCUGCCUGGCAGUGACCAGUUUGACAGUAUCCUCUGUGGCCUGGUCACCGACAUCGAUCUGGACGGGCAGCCAGAAGUCCUGGUGGCCACCUACGGACAGGAACUGCUCUGUUACAAGUACUGCGGCCCCGAGCGCGGACUCGCCGAGCCUGGGUUUCGCCUCCUUUGGCAGCGGGGCUUCCCCAGCCCGCUGCUGGCCAUGGCGCACGUGGACCUGACGGGGGAUGGGCUGCAGGAGCUUGCUGUGGUCUCUCUGAAGGGCGUGCACAUCCUGCAGCACAGCCUGAUCCAGGCCUCGGAGCUGGUCCUGACGCGGCUUCGGCGCCAAGUGGAGCAGAGCAGACACCAGCCAGGGAGGCUGGGCCCGGGGCCUGCUGGGACACCGGCCUCCUGAGCACCCACCCACGGGGGCGCCCACCUGCAGCCCUUCCUGGAGAGGGGAGAACCCCGAAGGAGGGAGUGGUCUGCCCGGGUCCCCGGGGGCCGGAGCUGUGAGUCCCGCCCCAGGCUGCCCUGCGACCUCGCCUGACACUCCUCCGGGCCUCAGUGUCCCCCUUGGAAAAUGGGAUGGGCUCACCCAACCCCCCUUGUGCCCCCGGUUGGCCAGCCAGCGAUGAUUUACACGCCCAAAGGAACUGAACUCUCCGCCGUCUUGAUCCUUCUGUUCAGCGAGCGCCGGGCGAGAGCCUGGCACCCUGGGUCUCGCGCCACGCGCCCAGAAGAACAGAGGGUGGGGGAGACCCAGAGGUGGGACGGAGGAGAGACGGCGGCACAGACCUCGGAGGGAAGACUCGCCCGGGCCCAACAGCAGGGCCGACGUCAGGCCACUGUGGGGAAGGCAGGACUGUGAGGGAAGGGCCCGAGGCGGGGCCCUGGCAGGAAGCUCUGGAUCUGAGAUGAGGUCCCAGUGGGAAGACAAGGAAACUGAGUCUCAGAGGAAAGGGUGGCGCAAAGGACUGCUUUGGGGAGCCCGAGCGUCUGAGGCCAGACCCCUGUGAAGAAGGCUGAGGCCGGACUCCGCCAGAAUCUCGGCGGUUUGCCCUGACUGGUGUGGCUCAGUGGAUGGAGCUCCGGCCUGUGAACCAAUGGGUCGCCAGUUCAGUUCCCAGUCAGGGCACAGGCCUGGGUUGCGGGCCAGGCCCCCAUUAGGGGGCACACGAGAGGCAACCACACAUUGAUGUUUCUCUCCUUUCUCCCUUCCUUUCCCUCUCUCUAAAAAUAA